AUGCGAUUCCGUACAAAUAUCACGAACAUCGAAACCUUCAUCAAAAUCAUCCAGUCUGUAGAGAAGUUGCAGAAACGAUGCACCAUCAAACUCUGUGAACAGGAAAUUCGGGUCAUCUGUAAUGGUGAUGCCAACGAAGGAGGCAUCCAGGUCUGGUCGUCAAUCAAAGCCUCGUCACUGUUCACGGAUUACCGCGUCCAGUCCAAUUCCAGCAAUGAGAUUGUGAUCACCCUGUCUUCAGAGGCUCUGCUAGCGGCUCUUCGCUCAGCUGCAGGACCAGGGCAAGAGUCGAAGAACCUGUUCUCGGGUAGGGACACCAAGGUGGUGAUGAAAUUGGCCAAGAACCGUGACAGGGAGUCUGUGCUUGCGCUCGAUAUCACAAGCACGAACGCUCUGGGCAAAACCAUGACUAUCGUGCAACAGCUCGUUAUCGACGUGGCGAAACACGCCGAAAUAGAACGUCUUCGGGAGCCGAUGUGCCCUGAGCCCGAUGUACACAUACUUCUGCCACCUCUAGCAAAGCUACGCGCAGUCAUUGACCGUCUAAAGCCUCUCGCUAACGACGGCAUCUCAUUUCGUGCCAAUCAUUCCGGCGACCUUCAACUCUCCGUCAGCACAGAUAAUGCUCGCGUCGAGAUUGCAUGGACCGGCUUGUCUAACCCUCCCAUGACACGAGAUCCUGCGGGGCAAGGACAGGGAUCGCAGGCUUCACAGGCUCAGAGUGAAGAAGAGAAGGACCCGAAGCAACUGCAUGGUGUCCUCGUAUCUCACAAGGCACUUUCAAGGUUCCUGAACAGUCAUGUAGUCUCGACGACUACUAUUGCCUGUAUAUGCUCCGGACAUUGCAUGAUACUCUAUGUCUACAUUGGGAGUAUUGCCGAUGCUGGAGGCGUACUUACGUUCUAUAUUCCCGCCCAAUUUGACGACAAGUUCUAA